CCCGCAGCCCGCACCCCUCCAGCUCGGACUUGAGCGCCCGUCACUCGGCGCCCCAGCUCGCUCCCCAAGCCGCAGCCGCGCAGCAGGGGGGCCCGCCCGGAGGGUGCGCUCGGCCCCCAGCGGGAGUUGGGGGGUUCGGAGGGGAGGGGGAGAUUGUUUUCGGCUCUGAAGAGGUCCCCACCCAACCUUCAAAAUUUUGUCCAAAAGCAGACAAGAGGAUCGCCCCGCGCUGAGCCGGCUGGUGGGCAGCAGGAGGCGCCUGAUCGCCGCCGGGGCGCUGGGGGUGGUGAUGGUGCUGCUGCUGGUGAUCCUCAUCCCGGUGCUGGUGAGCUCGGCCGGCACGUCGGCGCACUACGAGAUGCUGGGCACCUGUCGCAUGGUCUGCGACCCCUACGGGGGCACCAAGGCGCCCAGCACCGCCGCCACCCCGGACCGCGGCCUCAUGCAGUCACUGCCCACCUUCAUCCAGGGUCCCAAAGGCGAGGCCGGCCGGCCGGGAAAGGCAGGCCCCCGUGGGCCCCCAGGUGAGCCGGGGCCGCCGGGGCCCGUGGGACCCCCGGGCGAGAAGGGCGAGCCCGGGCGCCAGGGCCUACCCGGCCCACCCGGGACUCCGGGUCUGAACGCGGCCGGGGCCAUCAGCGCGGCCACCUACAGCACGGUGCCCAAGAUCGCCUUCUACGCCGGCCUCAAGCGGCAGCACGAAGGCUACGAGGUGCUCAAGUUCGACGACGUGGUCACCAACCUGGGGAACCACUACGAUCCCACCACGGGCAAGUUCACCUGCUCCAUCCCGGGCAUCUACUUCUUCACCUACCACGUCCUGAUGCGCGGCGGGGACGGCACCAGCAUGUGGGCCGAUCUGUGCAAAAACAACCAGGUCCGUGCUAGCGCAAUUGCCCAAGAUGCUGAUCAGAAUUACGACUAUGCCAGUAACAGUGUGGUUCUUCAUCUGGAGCCUGGAGAUGAAGUCUAUAUCAAAUUAGAUGGUGGGAAAGCCCACGGAGGAAACAACAACAAAUACAGCACGUUUUCUGGAUUUAUUAUUUAUGCUGACUGAUCGUGCAGAAACUAAGCCUAUUGUUCUGAGUCUGAACUCUGGAUUUGGAUGGCUAACGUCAGUGAAUCGAUUGAUCGAAGGCACCUCAGUUGUGUAUAGGAGGGGAAAUCCAAUGCUACCUGACUCACAUCUGUAUCCCUCGGAAACAUUAUGUAAAAAAAAUAUAUAUUUAAAGCAAGAUAAGCAGAUGUGUGAUCCACUACCGCCAAAGCAAAUACUCCUUAUUGUUAGUGUCCAUGUGAAUGAAGUCCUAUAGAGAUCACAAAUUUUUAUAGAAAAAUCUAAGAGACUGAAUUAUUUCUUCAAUAUAUACGAUCCUUUGGUGUACUGUGAUCUUGCUGCUUUAUCCAUAUGUCAGCUUUGGUUCUUGUGAGUUUACUUGCUUAUUAUGAUAUUUGGAGUCUAUACAUAGUGUGGGGAAAAAAUCAUUUUACCCUGCAGGAGAAGGAGGAGGAGGUCUAAUUGAAGUAAUGCUGCUUGUCCCCAAAGAAAUUGUUUGCCUUGUUUUCUUGUUAACUUUAGAGCUAGACCUGGAAAUGAUUCAACUUCAAGCCUUAACCUGGAAUUUUCUAGAUAUGUGGGAAUUCCCAAGCCUAUGAUCAUUUUCACAUUUUCCUUUUCUUCCAUGAAUUUUCCUUUUCUUACUCUUUCUCUCUUAUGGUGAUAGUCUUUAAAAAUAGUGGUUGAAUUUUUACCAUAGGAUUACCCCUCUCUUUGUGAGAAAAUGUCUGUUUAUGGAUGGUAUUUAGAAAACCCUCUGUAUGUCCAGUUUUGUCAGUAGACUACAUUUAGA